AUGGCUAUUGUAACACUAUCAACCGUUUUCAUUACAGCCAUCGCAGCACCCUUGUCAACAAUUUUUUGUAAGCAGUCUUCCAACUAUUUUGCAGCAGCAAAGACAAGGGGAACAAUACAAAAUGCCAGAAUGGAUUCAGAAUUUAGGGUGCUCCCAUGCAUUCAUAGUGAUGAAGAUGUUCAUGCCAUCAUCAGCCUCCUUGAGGCUUCCCACCCAACUAAUGACAACCCUAUAAGUGCUUAUGUCCUCCACCUGGUCGAGUUGGUCGGCCGACUUGUUCCUGUGGUACACCAUACAGAUAUAUACAAGCAGGCAUCAAAUGACAACCAUUUAGAUCAUGUCGUCGUUGCCUUCAAAAACUACUCAAACAACUCAAAUGGGCGUUUCUUCUUCCAACCUUGCACCGUGAUUGCCCCUUACAAGAGCAUGCAUGAGGACAUUUGUAGACUAGCACUCGAGAAAAUGGUUGCUCUCAUUAUCAUUCCUUUCCAAAAGAAACACUCUCUCACCAAUCGAUGGGUGUUUAAAAGCUCCUUGAGCAAACUUAAUCGAAACGUACUAACUAAUGCACCUUGCUCAGUGGGGAUCCUUGUACACCGUGGCAACCAUGGUUUCACAAUGUGUGACUUCUUCUCUUAUAGUAUUCUUCUAAUAUUUUUAGGCGGAGCAGAUGAUCGUGAGGCACUGGCCUACUGCACUCGAAUGUCAACACACCCUGGCGUGAGUGUCACUUUGGUAAGGUUUUUGCUAUGGGAAAAGAACCGAGACAAGAACAAUGAGACUGAGAGGCGAAUGGAUGACUUAGUUGUGAAUGAAUUCAAACUCAACAAUAUUAGAAAUGGACAUGUCAUGUACAAUGAAAAAGUGGUAGAGGAAAUGGAGCAGGUGUUUUGUGGAAUUCGAUCUCUACAAUACAAUAAUCACAACCUUGUGAUGGUGGGGCGACGACAUAGCACAAAUUUGAUGAACGACAUAACUAUGGAGGAUUGGUUUGAGAAUCCUGAGCUUGGGGUGAUUGGCCAUAUGCUUGAGUCAUCAGAUUAUGCAGCUACUGUGCCAUCUAUCUUGGUAGUGCAACGGUGUAUGUUACGAUAG